AUGAAUGUUGAGCACAUCCAGGGUCUGUUCACUGUUGACACGAACAAUCUCCAGUAUAUAACCGACCAUCUUGUGAAAGAGCUCGAAAAAGGUCUCACCUCAGAUGACAGUGACAUUCCGAUGAAUGUGACGUGGGUCACUCGCUUCCCAACCGGUAAUGAGACAGGCCGAUACUUGACUGUUGACAUAGGCGGAACAAAUCUCCGCGUUUGCGACGUGCUUCUGACAGAGGAAAAAGGUGGAUAUAAAAUUACACAGGACAAAUAUAUGCUGUCAGAAAAUCUAAAAACUGGCACUGGAAGCCAGCUUUGGGAUUACAUUGCGGAUUGCCUGCAGGAUUUCCUUCAACAGCGUGGGCUGCAUCAAAGUUCAAAAGAGCUUCCCUUGGCUUUCACCUUUUCUUAUCCUGUGACUCAACAUAAUAUCCGACAUGGCCUCCUGCAACGCUGGACCAAGGGCUUAAAUAUCUCUGGUGUGGAAGGUAAAAAUGUUGUCGCUGAGUUAGAGAAUGUCCUGCAGAGGAGGAACUUGCCCAUCCGGGUGGUUGCCCUAGUCAAUGAUACCACAGGCACACUGAUUGCCUCUGCCUAUAAAGAUGGCAACACCAAGGUUGGAAGCAUCUUUGGUACUGGUUGCAAUGCCGCUUAUAUGGAAGAGAAGAACUGCAUCUCCAAGAUCAGUCCCAGAGAGUUUUCCACUGAUAUGAAUGUGGUUAUCAAUACUGAAUAUGGUGCCUUCGAUAACAGCCAUCAGACACUUCCCCGAACAUCAUUUGACGAAGAAAUCGAUCGCCUAUCUCCACGACCAGGUCAACAGACCUACGAAAAGAUGGUGGCUGGUCAAUACAUUGGUGAACUCGUUCGCUUGAUCCUUUGCCACCUGCAUCAAACGGUUGAUUUCCUAAGUGGUCUGGAAGUCCACCGCCUGCAACAGAGACAUUCAAUGGAAUCGUCCUGUCUCUCCAAAAUGGAAGAGGAUGAGUCACUCCCGGAACGCAUAGCGAAAACACGCAUUGUUCUAAAAGAAGUGUUGGGGAUAGAACCUCCCGAGUGGGAGCUUUGGGUGUGCUGCCGUGUGGCGGAAAUUGUCUGUACCCGGGCGGCGCGACUCUAUGCUUGUGGCAUAGCUGCUAUCUGCAAGAAACGAGGUAUUAAGCAAUGCCGGGUUGGAGUAGAUGGUUCUGCAUUUAGUAAAUACCCUCGCUUUCAGCAGCGGGCGGCUACAGCUUUGCGGGAGAUCCUAGAGUGGCCGAAGGAUUCGGAGGAUCCAGUGCAACUCUGUCUGGCCGAAGAUGGCUCGGGUGUCGGGGCAGCAUUGAUAGCAGCCUUGUCGAGUGACGGUGGUACCUCAGUUAGAUAA